GCUUCUCCUUUGUCUCGACCUGGCCAUCCCCAGUCCCUUACAACGACGUUUUGUACGGGCUUUUUUCAUUGAUUGAGAUACAAUUGUUAUCGAAAUUGCAGUUGUGAAGAUUGCUGGAUCUCGACCGUUUCGCCCCUGCGCGCAAGUCCUCCACUUCCGGUCGAUCCCCGUCAUCGUUAAAAAAAUACCCAAACACGCGGGAUAUCAUAAUCAACAACCGUUCCAUCCAUACAAGAUGCCCGCGGAUUAUGCUUCCACGGCUCGGGCUCUUUCGGUAUCGACCUCACCACCAGAACCUCUCUCCCCCGCCGACGAAGACGGCCGCCCGCUAUGGAGUCACCAUACGGCCACGAGCCGGCGGAAUUCCCCUCGCGCCGCGCCAAACAAAGUGACGUCGACAUCUACAGGUGAAGCUACGGCUACAGUCCGUGAUCGGGUGGUCCAGCGAGGAGCGAAGUUAUGGCGACGCAUCGAUUCGACAUGGCGCAAAAUGAAUUGGUGGCAGAAAACGGGUGCGGUGGCAGCAGUGGUGGCCUCGAUUGCAUUAGGCCUGGUGUUCUUGUAUUUCACGGGUCAGAUAUUCCAUUGGAUGGCGCCGGUUGUUGAGGACUGGGAGAAGUCAUGGACUGCAUUUUUGGUGCUUUGGCUUUGUGUUUUCUUUGUUUCGUUUCCGCCCCUGGUUGGGUGGUCGACAUUUGGGACGAUGGCGGGUUUUAUUUUCGGAGUUUGGAAGGGGUGGCUUCUCUACGCCUCGGGAACAAUACUUGGAUCGACGGUCUCCUUCGUUGUCUCGCGGACAGUUUUAUCCAGAUUCGUUAACCGUCUCAUGGAACACGACAAAAGAUUCGCCGCUCUCGCCUUGACUCUAAAGUAUGACGGACUCAAAUUGCUGUGCAUGAUCCGUCUCUGUCCUUUACCAUAUUCGAUCUGCAACGGUGCGGUGUCGACGUUCCCAACAGUCCAUCCUUUGAUGUAUGGAUUGGCGACAAUAAUCAUAUCACCCAAACUGCUGGUGCCGGCGUUCAUCGGUAGUCGACUACGUCUUCUUUCCGGGGAUGAGAAGAUGAGCCCAGGGUCGAAAGCGAUAAAUAUCUGCAGUAUUGUUUUUACCGUCGGGAUUGGAGUUUUCACGGGGUGGUAUAUAUACAAGAGAACAUUGGCCCGAGCCAAGGAACUCGAAGCCAAAGAACGAGAGGAAAUCCGGAAUUCGCUAGACCGCGACCACUCUGCUCGUCGUCCCCACCGUGCUUUCUCAGAGGAUCCGAACGCCAACGCGGCCGCCACGACUCUUGCCCGUGAUGAGGAGGAGCGCGUGGGAUUCCACGAUUUCGAUGACGAUAAUGUGGACAUUGUGAUCGAUGAUGAAAGUGACGAUGGAAACUCGAGCCCGGCGAAGAAUGCAGUGAGCCCGUACCGGGAUGAGUUUACGGACAAUGACUCGGACGUGUUCAGGGACGGGGAUGAGCCCGAGCGUGAGACAUAUCGGAUGCAUACGCAUGUCCGGUCGAAUCAGGGGUGAUGUAUUGCAGCUAUUCUUCAUUUUUAUCUUAUCUUCUCUUCUCCUAUACAUACAUGUUGCAAUAUUAUCGCGUCCGGAACUGGGAUGGAUUCGAGUGCGGAGGCUUGCUAUAGCGACCCGACAUUGCAUUGUCCUAGAUUUGUAGAGCCCAGGCUUUCCAUUGAUCCAUUUGAUAUCCAUAAGGGUCUCGAUCCACUAUUUCAGAAGAAAUUCGAGUAUUAAGGUAGGGAUUAGGCGAGACUAUCGACGCAUCUCUCCGGGGACGCAACUGGAGCGCACCUGAACCCUGUCAACAUCCCGGUGCUUAUUCC